AUGCAAUUGGGGUUCCAGGUGUCGAUUAUUGCAAGCAAGCAUCAGGAGAAACUCAUUCAUCAAGACAGAGUUCUGCUGAACUUCACACAGUGGAAGAGAAACUGACUCCAGGAGAAAUAUUGCCAAACCUUCAUGCAAAACAAUUUCAACACCUGCAUUCAUAAUGCAGAACGUUGUUACCGUGUCUUUGAAUAUAAUCAAAUGUGGAAUGAAAGCAUAGGUCACUGUCAGAAGGAGGACACUGAGCUUCUACAAAUAAAGGGUGAGACAGACAUGGACUUUGUUACUCACAGGCUUCAGCAGAUCAAACCUGACUUGGAUUACUGGGUCAGACUAUCUCAUGAUGAACUCAACCUACCUUGGCUGUUGCCAAAGAGGAAACCCCAAUCACCUAACUGGGUUUGUGGGUACCUCAAAGACAAGUUCCUCCUUUCCAGUAACUGCACCAGGUAGAAACACUUUGUCUGUGAGAAAUAUGCUUUAAGAGCUUGUGUCUGA